CUAAGGAAAGAUCAGGUUAACGAGAGGGCAAGUUUUAAGUGUUAUCUAGGAGUGCAGUAACAGGUUAGGGCUCUGGGUGUCGCUGUUCACUAGUCUGGGAGAUAACAGGCGGCGCACACGGGGAGGGGGCUUCCGAGAACCUUCAUCACCGCCAGGCUGGAAACAGUCUCCCUGAGGCUGCCGAGAUCCUACUUCUGGACCACUUUGUGCUGUGAAUUCUCCUGAAAAGUCAGCUAAUUUAGACUCAGAAAAGCAGAGAAACAAUACCCUUGGUGCCGGACUGGGAGAAAAUCACAAAGCAAGAGAGCAAUGGCGAUUCGAGUGAAGGCGCUCGGCGGCAGCAGGCUGGUCCUGCUGUUCCUUUCUCUGGGGCUCUUGUUGGCAGCCCAGGCUGGGAAGAUCCUCUACUCGGUACCCGAAGAGACAGACAAAGGUUUCUUUGUGGGCAACAUUGCCAAAGACCUGGGGCUACAACCUCAGGAGCUGGCGGAGCGCGGAGUCCGCAUCGUCUCCAGAGGUAGGACGCAGCUCUUUGCUUUGAACGCGCGAAGCGGCAGCCUGGUCACCGCGGGCCGCAUAGACCGGGAGGAGCUCUGCGCCCAGAGCGCACGGUGUUCGGUGACUUUUAAUGUCUUGGAUAAAAUGAAGCUUUUCCCUGUGGAAGUGGAAAUAAUUGAUAUUAAUGACAAUACUCCCCAAUUCCAAUUAGAGGAAGUAGAAUUUAAAAUGAAUGAAAUAACCACUCCAGGUACCAGGAUCCCUCUGCCUUUUGGGCAAGACCUUGAUGUGGGUAUAAAUUCGCUCCAGAGCUACCAGCUCAGCUCCAACCCUCAUUUCUCCCUGGAUGUGCAACAGGGAUCCGAUGGGUCCCAACAGCCAGAGAUGGUGCUGCAGAGUCCCCUAGAUAGGGAAGAAGAAGCUGUCCACCACCUCCUCCUCAGUGCUUUUGACGGAGGCAGCCCAGUCCGUUCAGGAACCCUCCGAAUUCGCGUUCAGGUGGUAGAUGUAAAUGACAACCCUCCAACAUUUACUCAAGCACAGUAUCUCACCAGUGUCCCUGAGAACCUGCCUCUGGGUACUCAGCUGCUCACGGUAAAAGCCACCGACCCAGACGAAGGAGCCAAUGGGGAAGUAACAUACUCAUUUCACAAUGUAGACCACAAAGUGGCACAAGUAUUUCACUUGGAUUCUUAUACAGGAGAAAUAUCAAAUAAAGAACCUCUGAAUUUCGAAGAAUACACAGUUUAUCCAAUGGAAAUUCAAGCUCAGGAUGGUGCAGGCCUCAUGGCCAGAGCUAAGGUGCUGGUCAAAGUUCUGGACAUAAAUGAUAAUGCCCCAGAGGUGACCAUCACCUCUGUCACCACUGCAGUCCCAGAAAACUUUCCUCCUGGGGCCAUAAUUGCCCUUAUCAGUGUGCAUGACCAGGACUCCGGAGACAAUGGUCACACUACAUGUUCCAUCCCUGGAAAUCUACCCUUUAAAUUAGAAAAGUUAGAUGAUAAUUAUUACCAUUUGGUGACAGAAAGGACAAUGGACAGAGAACUUACCUCCAGGUACAACAUCACAGUAACAGCAACGGAUCAGGGAACUCCAGCUCUAUCUACCGAAGCACACAUUUCACUGCAAGUGACAGAUAUCAAUGACAACCCUCCUGUCUUCCCCCAAAACUCCUACUCGACCUACAUUCCAGAAAAUAACCCCAGAGGUGCCUCCAUUUUCUCUGUGACAGCUUCCGACGCUGACAGCGAUGAGAACGGGCAAAUCACUUAUUCCCUGGCGGAGGAUACCAUCCAGGGGGCGCCUCUAUCCUCCUAUGUCUCCAUCAACUCAGACACCGGAGUUCUGUAUGCGCUGCGCUCCUUCGACUAUGAGCAGUUCCGGGAUCUUCAUCUGAGAGUGAUGGCUCAUGACAGAGGAGACCCGCCACUCAGCAGCAACGUGUCACUGGGCAUAUUCCUGCUGGACCAGAACGACAACAGGCCUGAAAUCCUGUACCCCGCCCUCCCCACCGACGGCUCCACAGGCGUGGAGCUGGCACCCCGCUCCGCAGAGCCGGGCUACCUGGUGACCAAGGUGGUGGCGGUGGACAGAGACUCGGGCCAGAACGCCUGGCUGUCCUACCGCCUGCUCAAGGCCAGCGAGCCCGGGCUCUUCGCGGUGGGGCUGCACACGGGCGAGGUGCGCACAGCGCGGGCCCUGCUGGACAGAGACGCCCUCAAGCAGAGCCUGGUGGUGGCGGUCCAGGACCACGGCCAGCCCCCCCUCUCGGCCACCGUCACGCUCACCGUGGCCGUGGCGGACAGCUUCCCAGAUGUGCUGGCCGACUUGGACAGCAUCGAAUCUUCCACUGACCGGGACAACUCCAGCCUCACGCUGUACCUGGUGGUGGCGGUGGCGGCGGUCUCCUGUGUCUUCCUGGCCUUUGUCAUCGUGCUGCUGGCGCUCAGGCUGAGGCGCUGGCACCUGUCGCGUGUGCUCCAGGCCUCAGGAGGCGGAUUGGGUGGCGUGCCCGCCUCCCACUUGGUGGGCGUGGAUGGGGUGCGGGCUUUCCUGCAGACCUAUUCCCACGAGGUGUCGCUCACCGCGGACUCGCGGGGGAGCCACGUGAUCUUCCCGCAGCCCAACUAUGCAGACACGCUCAUCAGCCAGGAGAGCUGCGGGAAAAAGGAUUUUCUCUCAGCACCUCAAUCUUUACUUGAAGACAAAAAGGAAACAUUUUCUCAGGUAAACUUUUCAGAGUAAAUUUAUCUAGAAAAAAAAAUAAUUCCUGAGUUUACUUACUUGCUUUCACCCUGUACUACUAACAAGUCUCUAUUUUUCAUAUAUCUUCAUAGAUUUGUCUUUACAGAUCCUGGGAAAUCAUUAUGGUUUAUUUCCAAGUAUAUGUAUAAUGGUUCCUUCAAAAAGGAGAUUGUAAUUAAUCAUGAGUAGGUGGUUGGGCUACAGAGCCCUGCAUCAGAAACAGAGGUUUGGUCUCUAACAUUUCUUGCUUGCUUCUGGCCAAAAAAAAAUGUAUUUUUCUCUGCUUACUGUCCUCUUAUCUGUCAAGGAUUGGGUUUGACUAGGAAACGGCCACCAGUGUGUAUGUGACUCACACUGUUUUCAAAUGUCCUUAAGUUAUAAACAUCUAAUUUAUCCCUAAAUUUAAUGCCCAUGUCAUCUGUCAGGGUGAUGCUUUAUUUGGGGGUAUUUGAAGAAGUAAUGAUUGUCUAAAGUAAUAUAUUUUUUUCUUUUUAGGGCGUAUGUAGGUUCCCAGG